AUGAAGUUCUCCCUUGGAAUGUACUGGAAAGUAUGCGGCGGUAUGCAAUGUCCAACUCGUUGAGAAAAGCAGCGUUGAAUAUGGUGGCGUCGGGGCUCACGUCGCGAGAAGUGCAUGAUUUGGAGAAGAGCUUCGUGAAGAUCGAUGCUGACCACGAUGGCGUCAUACAAUUCUCUGAACUCCUUCAAGCUAUCGCUCCAACCAAUCGGAAGGGCAUGCAUUCUGUGUUUCGCAUGUUAGGUAAAAGUGUGAAUAGCGGAAAUGGACAGGUGGUCGAAUAUUCACAGUUUUUGGCCGCGGCUGUUCAUAUGCGCUCUGAAAUGUUCCGCGAUAAAAUGCGAGAAAUAUUCGGAAGGUUCGACAUCGACGGCAACGGGACGAUUUCCAGAGAUGAGCUCAGGACGAUCCUUGCGUAUAGUCCCUCCACCAAUGAUGAUGAUUUGGACGCUGAGGUUGCUGAGUUGUUGACUAAGUUUGAUACGGAUGGUAACGGUGUGAUCGAUUAUGAGGAGUUCUUGGCCGCUAUAGACGAUGAUGAAGGGAGUCGAGAUAAGACCUGGAUCUUUCGCCGCUCGAUGAGGGUGCUUAUAGUGCUGUUAUAA